AUGGGCGACGCUAGCGAUGGGGUCGGCGUCGAAGGCAUCCUCAAAGUGGUCAAAUCUUUACGCCAGGAGGGCAUGGCAGCGUCGUUCUGUUUCGGUACAGACUUGGCGCCACUCUCUGGGAAACAGUGCUGGGUGUACGCUAUUGGGUUUCCCGACCAGACAACGUGGGCUAUUCGCGUUCCGGUCCAUAUCAAGAAUCUUCCACCAGACAUCAUCAGCAACACCGUCGAGGAGGAGGCCUCAGUUUUGAAAAGGCUCGAGCGAUGUGAUUUUUCUUGGUCACCAAGACUGAUAGGAUAUUGUUCAGGGUUCGACAAUCCCAUUGCAUACCCUUACAUCGUUUCGACAUGGAUCCAUGGAUCGCCAUUACAGUGGACGGAUGACAUCCCAUGUUCUCGCGAGAGCCGGGACAGUUUACUCCGUCAGAUGGGGGAAAUACUUAUGCAACUUGCUGAGCGCACCCAAUGCCAAGGUAUUGGGGGCGAUGCAGUCACGUUUCUGACAGAUAUUAUCGACCGCAAGCUCAGUCGAGCUCUUCGCGGCGGACUCCCUGACAUCAGCCCCCAGAGCUGCCUGCUUCAGAGAGCCUUAGUCCGCAACACAUUUGCGUCAACAGCAGAUCCAAUGGUCUUAUCCCACGAGGACCUUGAUCCAUCAAACAUUAUAGUUGACGAGCAAUGCAACAUUCAAGGGCAAGUACUUUUCUAUUGGAGAACGCCAUGGCGCUGGGCUAAUACUUCUGACUAG